CUCUAGCCGGUCCAGCACGCCGACGAGGAGCUUCCAUUCAUCACACACUUAUGGAAUUGAACCACGACUUUUUUUUUAAAUUCUCAAUCUGAUUUUACUAAAUAGUUCCUUUUCAGCCUCACACAUUAUUUUGAAGUUAGGACAGCUUUUUUUUUUUAAAGAGAAUAUUUCAUAAUCAAUUUAUUUUUUCAUUAUCCCGCGCGCGCGUUCCGUGUUGAGCUAAUUAGCUUACGAGCUAACGGGCAUCAUUUUAUAUCAACAGACCGACUGCAGUGACGAGUGAAUGCACUUCUGCUCUUUUGCAGUCACAGUUCCUCACGAUGGCUGGUUGCUCACUCUGCUUGAUAUCUAAACACCAAGAAAAAGCCAACAGUGGUAGUGUAAUAACAGGAUAGCAAUAACUCUUUACUACUAGUUUACACUUAUUCUGGUCAGUACCAGAUAAAACCUUGUAAAAUUUUGCACUGCUGAUUUUCAGAAAUCCUGUUAAAUAAGGUUGGCCUAAAGUAAAGCUAGACAGAUACUUUAUUAAUCAAAUUUAUUAGCUAUUUAUUUUUUUAUCUGAUACCUCUUAGUUUUUAUUAGCUAUUGUAUAAAAGUAGCAUAUCAUAAGUAUCAAUUUUGACAGGCUUUACUUUAAGAGUGAGAAGGAAUUGAUAUAGUCUACAAUCAUGGUUUCAACAACUGUAGCUACAAUAAUUAUGGCCAGUACAAUAGGAGUGGUGACCUAUACUCCUCUGACGGAGUACAUGUGGUUGCUAAUCGUUGGCUUCGUCAUUGCCUUCAUACUAGCCUUUUCUGUGGGUGCCAAUGAUGUUGCCAACUCAUUUGGCACAGCUGUUGGUUCAGGAGUUGUGACCCUGCGACAGGCAUGCAUUCUGGCCACAGUGUUUGAGACUCUGGGCUCUGUACUCCUUGGGGCCAAAGUGAGUGAAACCAUCCGCAAAGGCAUCAUCGACGUGGGCAUGUAUAAUGGCUCCGAGCAUGUGUUGAUGGCCGGAUCCGUCAGUGCUAUGUUUGGAUCUGCUGUGUGGCAGCUGGCUGCUUCUUUCCUUAAGCUCCCGAUCUCUGGAACACACUGCAUUGUUGGUGCUACUAUUGGCUUCUCACUGGUUGCCAAAGGUCAGCAGGGAGUCAGGUGGCUUGAACUCCUACGUAUCGUUGGGUCCUGGUUCCUGAGCCCCCUUUUGUCUGGAUUAAUGUCGGGGGUUGUUUUUUACUUUGUCCGAGUGUUCAUCUUAUCCAAGAAAGACCCUGUACCUAAUGGUUUGAAGGCCCUCCCUGUCUUCUAUGCCAUCACUAUGGGGAUCAACAUUUUCUCCAUUACGUUCACUGGAGCUCCGAUGCUGGGAUUUGACAUGAUUCCUUGGUGGGGUAUCCUGCUCAUCUCACUGGCCUGCGCCAUGCUGACGGCUAUUAUAGUGUGGUUUAUCGUCUGCCCUCGCCUUAAGAAGAAGAUUGAAAGAGAUUUAAAGUCUACCAGCCCCUCCGAGAGCCCCCUGAUGGAAAAACGAGAGCUCAAAGAGGCCCACUGUCCUAUCCUAAAACAGACUGCAAAGGAUGCCUCUUUACCUCCUGCACCAGCCGACAGUCAGAACUCUUCUGCUCAACCUCAGCCUGCACCUGAGGAGCGCAGGGUGGCAUUUGACAUUGGCGAUUCUGACGAUGUUGAAAAUAAAGAGCGCAAGGUGGCUUUUAACAUUGGAGAUUCAGAUGAAACAGACUUCAGCAUUGGAAAUGAAACCCCCAAACAGUCUCAAUCAACCAAUCAAGCUGGGCUUGAUGACAACCAGGGCCUUCAGCUCAGCAAUGGCUCUACAAAUGCUGCCAAUCAAGUCCAUUUCAACAACCAGAUUCAGUUCAAUAACAGGACGACACAGAUCCCCAGUAACGGUUAUAGCCAGUACCACACAGUCCACAAAGACUCAGGCCUCUACAAGGACCUGCUACACAAGCUUCACCUGGCUAAGGUUGGCGACUGCAUGGGCGAGGGGAGUGACCGACCCAUACGGCGCAAUAACAGCUAUACGUCCUACACAAUGGCCAUCAUUGGCAUGCACAGUGACUUCAAGCAUAAAGAUGGGGACAUCCGUGCUGGUGAAGAUGGCGAUAAGGGCCCAGGGUCAGGUGGUCACGAAAGAAAGCGUGUGCGAAUGGACAGUUACACAAGCUACUGCAAUGCUUUGGCAGAAAACACAACUCCUGAAAGUAUAGGAGAAGGUGAUGUGACACUAGAAAUUGCAAAGGAAGAUGCUGGUAGCAGCCAAAGCUCCCUUGAUGAUGAUAAGCUUGAGGAAGACAAGCCAGAAGUCUCAACCCUGUUUCAGUUCCUCCAAAUUCUCACUGCUUGCUUUGGAUCCUUUGCCCAUGGAGGAAAUGACGUGAGUAAUGCCAUUGGACCGUUAGUAGCUCUGUGGUUGGUUUACCAAACGAGCAGUGUGACCACAAACAUGGCCACACCUAUUUGGCUUCUGCUGUAUGGCGGUGUUGGCAUAUGUGCUGGGCUCUGGGUAUGGGGUCGCCGGGUGAUCCAGACUAUGGGAAGGGACCUCACGCCCAUUACCCCCUCAAGUGGUUUUAGCAUUGAGCUGGCCUCCGCCUUGACUGUCGUGGUUGCUUCUAACAUUGGUCUGCCGGUCUCCACAACCCACUGCAAGGUCGGCUCUGUGGUGGCUGUUGGAUGGUUGCGUUCAAGGAAGGCAGUUGACUGGCGUCUGUUUAGAAAUAUCUUCAUGGCAUGGUUUGUUACGGUGCCCAUCUCUGGCCUGAUCAGUGCUGCCAUCAUGGCCAUCUUCAUCUAUGGCAUCUUUACAACAUGAAGCGGAACUCCAAACAUUGGAAGAGAGAGAAACCGCUCCAGUACACGCCAGAAGAAAAGGAAAAGUUGGAUGGCCAAAAUAUUUCUUACCUCAAGUCAAUAGAUUUAGAUGAAUUGAAGAGGGUGAAAUAUAUAGACAUGUUUGAAAGUACUUGUGACAUGUGCCUGUGGUUCUUGGCUGCAUCAUAUUCAACCUAUAUUUUUGCUGUUCAUUCGUUUUGGAGCACAUGUAAUCCACUGGGGGAAACUUGCAUUUCUUUGUUCAGACUUGCUUUUUCAUUUCAUUCAUAACUGAUACGAAUGUCAAAAUUCAAGCUGAUUCUCUUCUUGUCUUUCUUUUCUUUUUUUUUGCAAUUUAUGUAUAUACAACACUGUUUUGAUAUUUGUUUUACACUCUGGAGAAACACAAAAAUGCAGUAUUAGCCUUUGGAUGUAUAUACAUUUUCAUCCAUAACAAGUUGAAAACAAUUUAGGUGCAAAAGCUGCAUUUGUAGGUUUAAAAACAAGGUUGUAGGUGUCUUCAAAUUUCCAUGCAUUUGUUAAUGUUUUUUUUUUUUCUUUUUUUUUUUUUAAUGUUGAAUAACUGAUUUUUGUUCUCCGAGGCUCCGUUCUGCUCUGAACACGACAGGCUGAGUAACGAGCGGCCCCUCUUGAGUCUGAACAUCCAGGAUGGUGUCUGUGUACCCAAACUCCUGCAGGUACUGCCUCAGUAGCUGCCGUCCUUGUUUCCACGUGAGCUGACUGUUGGCAGGAACAGCAGAGACCUCUGACUCUUUUGUGUCUGAUUCAAAGCUUGGCGUCUUCAUCUCUCCUUGAUUUAACUCUGUUCCAUUUAAAAACAAUUUUAAACCCUAACCCCUUCCUCUCCCCCUGCAGCUCAGCCUGGAUAAUAAACUGUAUUGUAAGCAUUAAAUGGUAAACAUAUGACUGCAAGAAAUGACACACUGCAACCAGUUCUUAAUCUCCAGAGGCUUUACUAAUGCAAAAAAACAAUUGCUGCCUGAAUUUGGUCACUUUGUUUUUUUUUUUUUGUGUUUGUAAGAUAUAACAGAAUGUCACGCAGCACAGAGAUGUGCUUUCCAAAAGGACCUGUCAAAACUUGAUUGCAUCAUUCUUGAUGGUUAAAUACUUUGGGCCUGCUUUAGUCUUGUUUCUCUAGUUCACCAUGUAAUACCUACUUCCAGUGUGGUUUUGAGACAUUUGCACCUUUUGUUGACAGUUUGGUUGUGGUAACGUUCCCCUGUUAUUCUGAAGUAUCCAAAUGAAAACAAGAACUUGAAAACAGUUGAUUUGGUGUUGAAUUGAUCUGUUAAACAGUAUAAUGGCAUUGCGACCAGUGAGUGAUCAUUCGACCGCAGUACUAAAAGCAUUUCAAAAUAUAGAUGCAGUAGUUGCCUUAAUUUUAUUUUAUUUCUUUAGGUACCAAAGAUUUUUUUUUCUUUUUAAUGCACAUCAUCUCUACAUCUGUGGAUGAAAAAUAUAAAUAAAAAUGGAAAAACUGA